GGCUUUACAACAUUUCAGAGGACGAAAAUGGACUAACUCUUUAUCUUCCCUCUUCUCCUCUGGCCACGGGAGCACGAAACACUUGAUAGGUGAGUGUGUGACCCAAUAUCAGCGGGUAUCUGUGUGUGACGUUCACGUGAUGCUCGGAAAGUUACCGUUCUGACUUUUGAUGCGUUCAAAAGCUUCAAUUUGAGAUCAGAAUACAGUAAAAGGGCGAUUGUUGGACGGAAAUAAAAAAUAAAUAAGGUCGUAAAAGUACAAAUAUUUUUAAAGAAAAUAAAGAAAUAUUUUUAAGAAAGACUAAGAAUAUAUAUAUAUAUAUAUAUAUAUAUAUAUAUAUAUAUAUAUAUAUAUAUAUAUAUAUAUAUAUAUAUAUAGCAGCAAAAAAUAAAUAUAAGAAGUAUGUACAAUGCAGACUAAAAAUCCUAAAAAUCCUAAAUAUAUACAAUAAAUACAGACUAAAUAUACUGAACAUCCUAAGAGAAAAAAAGUGAGGUAUGAAAAACGUGGGCUAUGAAAUGAGUAAUAAAUAUGAAAUGCGAAAUAAACAGAUGUGGAAUAUACUAUGUAUGAAGGUACUAUGUAUACAAGACGAGAAUUCUACAGAACAGUAAAAUAAAACGUAUGUAUAAAAUUAAAUAGAAAGAUAAAUACUAAAGAGAAUUAUCAAAAAUAUAUAUAUAUAUAUUUAAUAAUAUAUAAUUUAUAUAAAUAUAAAUGAUUAAGAAAUUAAGUAAAUUGUCUCAACAGAUUUUGAGAACUAGUUUAACAAUUUUGUUUGCAACGACUCAAGCAGUGAAAUCGGGACUAUUAGGGAAUGACUAUUCAGAAUUCAUAAGUAUGUUUCAUUUUGACUGACAUGACAGAAGCAAAUGAUAACUUUAUAAAACAGCAGAGAAUUGUAUGAAAGUAACUGAUACAUGUCCGAGAGCGUUUGCAAUUUGUUCAGAGGCAUGAGAAACAAAUGACUCCAUGUUGAGGAGGUUACGAGAACUUUCAUUCUGAUCUGAGAAAUGCACCAACGCGACAGAGAACAACUGUAAGAAGGAUUAGGUGAAAGUUCCCCAUGGAGAAUCAUCUUUCCGAUUUUUCCGAUGGCGCUUGAACGCGACGCAUGACUACGGCGCGUGGGUGGGUGUGUGUUCGUCAGGCAUUCAACGGCGGCAGCAGUGCGGAGCCAUGGCGACGGAAAUGUAUAUUUUUAUAAUUUCAAACUUACGAUAAAGAGUUUUUUUAAGUGACUGAGGCAGCGGCGUGUGUCUUCCCCUCGCCGUGUCAGGUGUUCUCAGCGACUUCUGAGGUAACCAUGACUUCAUGAGUAACGGUCAGUGGCAGCUGUGUCUCUAACUUAGCGAAGGAAACGGUCACUCAGCAGUCGAUAUUAGCCAGAAAACCAUCACCGGCUUUCUAACAUAGACAUCCUAACGCUGGAGGAGGUACAUUUAGGAGCCCUGACCGCCUGUAAAGCGCUCUUCCUGCUUCCUUUCCGUCCUCACAGAUCAGGAAAUGUUGCUAUCGACAUGGCUAACAGCUAACCAGAAGCUGCACCAGCUAGCCGCAUUUAUUUUGUAUGUCAGUCACUGAGUUGACUUUGUGCUUUCAUGGCAUUGAGGUCGUGUGUGUGAGACAUAUCUACCCAACUUAGAAAUGAAGCUUGAGGAUGUUUAAAGUCUUCUUAUCCCCAUUCUUUGCUCAUGCAGCUCUGUGUCAUUCCCGAAUUUACUAACUAGUGAUGGGCACGGCAGUUCUUUUAGAUGUACUGAGUCACUAGAAUCGGUUCACUAAAAAGAUUCGUUCAGAAGAUUCGUUCACCCAGAGUGUUUGGCUGUGUUGCCUUGGCUAACAGAUUUGUGAAAAUGAGCUUUUUUAUAAAAGUCCUUUCACACCGGGACCGUUUUUGGCCGACCGGCUGAUUGUUUACGUGUCGGAGAACAUAGCCCUUUUUAUAAAAAACACAAACAUUACAAAGAUAACGACCUGAAAGACAACUUGUGGAGAGUCAUAGUGUCGGAUCUCUCAUAUGACGAUGGUUUGUGUGCUUAAACAGUUUGCUAAACGUCUUUGUUUAACUUUCAUCUGUGCUAAGUAACUGAAGCUCGUAAGCUGACCCGUUCAAAAUUCGGAAAUAGACGCGUCCUGGAUGGAGGCGAGAAGACUGACACAACAGCAGACUUAGUGUUUUUCAGUUCUGAUUGGACACUAGUGUUGAGAUGGCGGUCUGUCAUGAUAGCAUGUACUGAGUCGGGGCCAGUACCAGAUAAGCACAUGAAACUAUAAUCCAUAAACGUAAUUUAACAACAGCGACCUAAUGGUGCUGUGACAGCAACGCAAUUGAGUUUGAGACAGUGAAAAUACAUAUGGUAUGUCGCAUCUGAAUAGGUUAGCUUACGAGCUAAAGUUACUUAGCACAGAUGAAAGUUAAAACAAAGACGUUUAGCAAACCGUUAAAGCACACAAACCAUCAUCAUACGAGAAAUCCAACACUAUGACUCCCCACAAGUUGUCCUUCAGGUCUUUAUCUUUGUAAUAUUUGUGUUUUUUAUCAAAAAUCACUCUGUUCUCCGACACGCAAACAAUCAGCCGGUCGGCCAUGUUGGAUAUACCGGUGAAUCUGACGUUGCAAUAACACGCAAUCUGAUUGGUCAGAAGUGGACACACAGUAUGCAAAACUUUAGAAAAAUCGACCGUGAUCUGAAAAAUAAAUGAUCUAGUGUGUAAGGACCUUUAUGGUAUGCUAUUUAGCAGGUCUGCUCGGUAAAUUGGGCUCAGUGAGUGAUUCGUUCACUGAACGUUUAGAAGAAUUCACACUGAACAUACACCGUUCCCUCGCAAACUGCUGUAAUGAUACAAUGCUACAGCUUUUACGCACUACUUGUUACUGUUCUAUGCUGUGUCCUAUUGUAUGCAAGUUGUUGUUGUGGCAAUUUAACAGUAAAAAACAAAAAAGAAGUUUUGCUCGAAAUAAUGAUCCCUGAUGUAGUUCAAUGCAUGAUUUGUUAACCAAGUGAUUCAGGCGUCGGUGCAUGCAGUCCCUUGUUCCCUGGCUGCUUGCCUGGCAAUGCUGUGUGCCGAACCAGCGGAAAACGAACGAGGAAUGAAUGAAUCACUUGAGGAAGUGACUGUUCAGUACAUUCACUCUAAAAGAUUCGGUUCUUUUGAACGAAUCGUUCGCGAAUGACACAACACAAUUACUAACUAGUCUCUCCAAAAACUGGUGUAACAGCAUGUAAAAGGCCCAUCGACACCUCCACCUGUGUUGUUGUUCACUUUGCACGUGUGCUUACCAUUUUGGCAUGGCUGUUAGCCUGUUUUAAACUUUCAGAUGUUGUUUUUCCUUUCAUGCGGGUCUCUGGAUAAACAUGAAUAUCAUUUUGCUUUAUUUUCCAAACAUUCACAAAAAUGAAUUGAUGCGGCAGGAUAGUUUCUAUAGAGAACAAGAGCUGCUUUACAUAAAAACACACACGAGUAAGUGUCUAUGUUGUAUUUCUAUGAUGCAAUAAAGUAUGACAUAACAAAAUAGGACAGCAUAACCUUACACUUAUCAACCCAGGUCAUGUGUACAUCAAGCAGAAUAGCUACAGCCAGAUGUGUCUGCCUCUGAAUUGUGAUAGAUCGCAGUUACAGUUACCCUGAAACCAACUGAAUGAAUUAGCAUCAGCUCUGGAAUUAAUCCCAUCUAAAUAGAGCAUCAGGUUUCCUCUCUGCUCUGAUCAUUGAAACACAAUAAGAAAAAGUUAUGGGAUCAAAUAGCGCAAGUUUCUGUUCUCCGACAUGUUCACACAGCAAACAGUGUCGAGUGAGGGCUUUAAGAUUUGUGAUGAACCUUAGUCCUGCAUGGUACACAGUGUCCAGAGCAUGCAAACUCCGAGAAGAGGCGUGUAUGUAUAAAACAUCAAUAUAACCCAGCAAACUGGUGGAAGUUUAUGAGAAACUGUAACUGUGCUAAAAACAGUGUGACGGGAAUCCUUACAGCAAAUAGUUUUCAUGUCUUUUUUUUGAGGAAGAAGGGGGGGCAGGAUUGUUAGAAUUGAUCUGCAUCAUUUGUGCUGGAACAAUUAAGCUGAUCAGGACAGAUGAGAAGAGUACUGCUGUUAGUCAUACCUUGCUUUUGUGACCGAUAUUAGUGGUUCAACUAGUGACUAUUAUUAUGUAGAUUAGGUCUUUGUGAUCCCCUCUCUCCAUCCGUUGGCCGAUCCUGUCGAGGCAGAUGUUCUGGUUGGUCCGCCUGUCAUAAGGAGGGUUUUCUUCUCUGUCAUUGCUGAGGUCCUCCUCGUGUUUGACUUAGAAAACGCAACAUCAACUAUUUAUAGAAACAGGAUCAGAUCUUUUGUACAUCAGUUAAACCUUAUGGUGUUACUUUGAGAAGAGUGACAGUCAGAAUGACAGGCAUGCCAAGACUCUCUCUGUAUUAUGUGCUGGGAUAGAAUACCCAUUCCCUUUCUGUGCUUUUGAACUGUGCACUGAUAACAAGCAAGGUUAGGGCGUUCAAAGGAUGUGGUGUCCAUUAUUUCUUACAAGAAUGCCAAGUUUUGAUUGGUCAGGCCCUAAGGAAGCAUUUACCAUCCAGGCCCAGGUGUAGAGAAGUUGCCCCCAUUUCUGGAUCAUGUAUGGUUUUAUCCUUGCAAAGUGUGGUUUGAACUGGCAUCUGUGAAUAUCAUAAAAAUCAAUGUUAUUUACUGUUUAUUUCUUAAAGGGAUUUUCCGGUGGGAAAUUAAUUUAGGGUCAAACACCCCGUAACAGAGUUAGACUCCCCCUCGAGAGAUGAAUGUUGCAGACCGCUUGCUUCUCUAGUUAUACCAACUUUUGUAAUGACCGCACGAUAGCAAUACACAGCGGUCUGACUGAGGAGCCAUAAACAAACCUCAACCAAAACGGCACUCUAUAGCCACAAAUAAUGUUCAGAACAGCACCUAACUUCAUCAACAGUACAUACAGGGUCCCAGUCAUACUAGCCAUCAAACAUCUUCUUAGCUUUGCCUGAUUUCUUUAGCAAAGAGACUAAACACAACUCACCUACUCUCUUCCAGCAGCCGCUUGUUUGUAGCGAGACCUCAGGCCAGUCCAUUACUGACUGCAGCGGGGUGACACAGCUCAAGGAAGAACAUUUAUGAUCAUUUCUUCAUGGAAAUACAAUCAGACCGAGACUCUAAGGCAGAAGAACUACCGCGUCUGCAGUGAAAAUGAUGAAUAAGGUGAUUAUUACUUCAAGGAAAUGAUAAAGAAACUAUCAUAAAUAUUCUUCCUUGAGCUGCGUCACCCCGCUGUAGUCUGUAAUGGACUGGUCCGAGGUCUCGCUACAAACAAGCGGCUGCUAGAAGAGAGUAGGUUACUAAAGUUGGUAUAACUAGAGAAGUAAGCGGUCGGCAACAUUGAUCUCUGGAGGGGGUGUCUUGUUUGACCCUAAAGUAAUUUCACGCCGGAAUAUCCCUUUAAGAGCUCUUCAUUUGUGACACUUCCUCUUUUUUUCUGCCUUAGAUAUGUUGGACCAGAUGGACUGGGAUUUACUAGAUGAAGGUCUGGGAGCUUCAGUGGAGGAAUCCCUUUACUUUUCUGGAGUUCCUAAGUCGAAGCCCCCCACCACUGACAUCUCAGAACACGAAUUCUCCUGCCACUGCUGCUACGACAUCCUAGUGAGUCCGACCACCCUGACCUGUGGCCACAACUUCUGCCGCCACUGUCUGGCUCUUUGGUGGGAGUCUUCUCACAAGAAUGAGUGCCCAGAGUGUCGAGAGAAGUGGGAAGGCUUUCCUAAAGUCAACAUACUGCUGAGGUAUGCUGCUGACAGCCUGAGCGUAUCAUGAAUGAAUGUUUGAUUUUCUGACCACAGCAUUCAUACCUCUCACACGGUACAGGAGGAAACAGAGACCUGCAGGCGUCUUCUGAACACCAGGAAUGUGUGUGACAGAUGAGCUUUGUAUUCACAUCCUCAGUUCGGCAUGUUUUCAAACUCUGAUGUCCACCAGAAAGUCGGUCAAAGUUUCAUUUGUAGUGCCUUACCUUGAUGAUUAAAUACUUCAUAUGAACUUUCAUUUUUACAGCUAAAGUAGGACAGGAAAUAUGGUGAGUACAGAGCGGUAAAAGACGUGCAGCACAGGUUGGUGGCCAAGAGUUGAAUAUGCAAGCACUGCGGCGAGGACUUGAGCUUCUGUAAAUGUGCUUAAACUGUUGGCCCAGCCGGCGCACUGCCUGCUUAAGCUAGGUGUCAUGUCAGAAGGUCGGGGGGUCUAUCCCAGGUCUCGCUGUCCACAUGCCAAAGUCUCCUUGAGCAAGACACUUAACCCCGACUGCCUCUGCUGGCUGUGCCGUGAAUAGGAUUAGAAGACCAGGGAAAGCAGGAUGUAAACACAGUCCAUUUAGCUGCGUCACUUUUCCCACAGAGUCUUUCCAACAAAACCAACACACUACACCCCUCAUUGAGGUGUCCAUUGACAGUACAGAAUGAACGGGGCUGCAGUGACUGGACAAGAUGUAAUAUCGUGUUUUAAAGCCGUCCUUUCAAGUGUAACUGACCUGCCUGUUGUAAAUGUCACUCACUUUUUAACUCGACGCUCUCCUCUCUCUAGAGAUGCCACUGACAAGCUGUUUGGAGAUGUCGUUCGACAGAGGAGAGCGGAAAUCAAAAAUGACCCCAAAAUCACGAGGAGCUUACUGGCCUUCCAGAGGUGAGGCAGUGAAAUCUUUGACACCAGCAGCUUUAAUUUAAAGCUGCGUUUACGCUGUAAGAGUUCUCCGCUGAUGCAGCUUUUCAUUUUCAUACCGACGAUUGAAGGUUUUCAUAAUGAGACCUUGUACCUACUUCAUCCACCGUGCUGUUUGACUAACUGCUGAGAUUUGUGUUUUUUUUGCCUUGUGUCUGUUUGUUCAUUUGCGGCUUGAAGUAACUGAGUUUGUCUUGGUUUGUUUUUUAGGUACGGGGACAAUUUAGGCAGAACAAAGACAAACCAGCAUAAAGGAGCGGGUUUCUUCUUUUCUGGAGUCCUAACUGCUCUCUCAUGUGUAGCUGUGAGUAAAUCAUUUUUGUUUAACCCUCACCUCUUUACGUCUUCUGUUUCCUUUAUUGUUUGUGGAGAAGAAACAAUAAAAGAUGAAAUCUUCAUCUAAAUCUUGGCAGCGGGAGUUUAUUUUUAAGUGCAUGUGAAUUGAAUGGAUUUUUAUUUAAAAAAAAAAAAACUGAGGGGAUUCAUUUCUGUAGUUCAGGGUCGAAUUUUUCAAAUGUUGUCAACAGUUGAUGAGCCAAGACUGCAGACAGGUCAGAGUAACACUCGGCCAUGCUGGUUGUAUUUGUGCAGAAUGAGUCCUGAUGAAAUAUGCAGAAUCUUCCUUGCUGCCAUCGUCCAAACUGCAGCAUGUGUUGCUCCAAAAUUUGUAAAUGUUGUUCAGUAUUAACGAUGCAUACUCAGGUGUGUAAGCUAUCCAUGUUGUGAGCACUUCAGCGUCUCUAUACUGUCAUAAAUGCGCUCUGAUGACAAGAUGGGUGACUGAAAAACAUGAUUUUCAAAAAGUUUUCAUUCUGGUUUUCUGCUGGACUCAGUCUAUCGCGAUUACGGAUUUGGGCUGUCCCAGGAAAGUCUGGUUUUGGAUCAUGUUUAUACAUCUAUGGAUCUGCUUUUCUUAACAGUGAUUUUGACCCCAUGCAGUAAUUUCCACUACAGAGACAUGAAUCUGUUCACAGCCUAUCAGAGUCAGUUUUCUGCUUCAAGUUUCUUUGAAACUCUUUAAAGCUCCUGUGAGAACUUUUCUGAUUCUGCUGCCCCCUUGUGGAUAAAAUGGUAACCCCUAUUGUUGCUGAUUUGGCAUUAAAAAUGAAAAUACUGUUAUUAAUUUUUAAAACCAUACCCACCAAGCAUUUUUCAGUCUAAAGCCGCCUAAUAGACUAAACUACACUGUACAUUGAUCAAUAACUAUUGAAAAUGUUUAAAUCCAACAUUUGGCCGUCAUUAUAACAUACAUACACUCACCGGCCACUUUAUUAGGUACACCUGUCCAACUGCUCGUUAACACUUAAUUUCUAAUCAGCCAAUCACAUGGCGGCAACUUAGUGCAUUUAGGCAUGUAGACAUGGUCAAGACAAUCUCCUGCAGUUCAAACCGAGCAUCAGUAUGGGGAAGAAAGGUGAUUUGAGUGACUUUGAACGUGGCAUGGUUGUUGGUGCCAGAAGGGCUGGUCUGAGUAUUUCAGAAACUGCUGAUCUACUGGGAUUGUCACGCACAACCAUCUCUAGGGUUUACAGAGAAUGGUCCGAAAAAGAAAAAAUAUCCAGUGAGCGGCAGUUCUGUGGGCGGAAAUGACUUGUUGAUGCCAGAGGUCAGAGGAGAAUGGCCAGACUGGUUCGAGCUGAUAGAAAGGCAACAGUGACUCAAAUAACCACCCGUUACAACCAAGGUAGGCAGAAGAGCAUCUCUGAACGCACAGUACGUCGAACUUUGAGGCAGAUGUGCUACAGCAGCAGAAAACCAUGCCGGGUGCCACUCCUUUCAGCUAAGAACAGGAAACUGAGGCUACAAUUUGCACAAGCUCAUCGAAAUUGGACAAUAGAAGAUUGGAAAAACGUUGCCUGGUCUGAUGAGUCUCGAUUUCUGCUGCGACAUUCGGAUGGUAGGGUCAGAAUUUGGCGUCAACAACAUGAAAGCAUGGAUCCAUCCUGCCUUGUAUCAACGGUUCAGGCUGGUGGUGGUGGUGUCAUGGUGUGGGGAAUAUUUUCUUGGCACUCUUUGGGCCCCUUGGUACCAAUUGAGCAUCGUUGCAACGCCACAGCCUACCUGAGUAUUGUUGUUGACCAUGUCCAUCCCUUUAUGACCACAAUGUACCCAACUUCUGAUGGCUACUUUCAGCAGGAUAAUGCGCCAUGUCAUAAAGCUGGAAUCAUCUCAGACUGGUUUCUUGAACAUGACAAUGAGUUCACUGUACUCAAAUGGCCUCCACAGUCACCAGAUCUAAAUCCAAUAGAGCAUCUUUGGGAUGUGGUGGAACGGGAGAUUCGCAUCAUGGAUGUGCAGCCGACAAAUCUGCGGCAACUGUGUGAUGCCAUCAUGUCAAUAUGGACCAAGCUCUCUGAGGAAUGCUUCCAGCACCUUGUUGAAUCUAUGCCACGAAGAAUUGAGGCAGUUCUGAAGGCAAAAGGGGGUCCAACCCGUUACUAGCAUGGUGUACCUAAUAAAGUGGCCGGUGAGUGUAUAUAACGUACAGUUGUUUUUUAUUUGAUAUUUAAUAAAUAACGGAUUAAAUUAUAUCGUCUAGUUUCGGGCUAAAAUAUUGACCGAUUAUAGACGGGCAAAUUUCUGUCUAAACUAGGACAAGACGUCUGUUCGACAUUUAAGGCUUUGUGGGUAGAGACGCAUCACUGUUCAGUUCAGCUUGUUUCACUACCAACAAAAUCUCCUCAAAGUAGCUUUAAGAUGUCAUGUAUCUGAGACAGAAUCGUGUCCACAUUCUUUGUACUUUUAAACUGAGUUUUUUUUUUCAUUGUUUUUAUAUCUCCAUCUCAACUGUCAUCAAAUUUUAAAUCUAUAUUUUUUAAAAACAAAAUAACAUCAGUUUCAGUUUCAACAUUUGAUAUGUUUUCGCUCUGUUUUAUGUAUUUAGUUUGAUUGAUUUGAAAACCAUUACAAUCUGUUUUUGUCACGGUUUUAUGCAGCAUGCAAACUGUAAGCUGCUGUGGACAGAUGUGUUUUUAAAAGACCCAAAACGACAAACAAACUAAACUUUGAGCAACGCAGCAACCAAUUCAGGCAAAGUUAGAGAUGGCACACCUUAAAUCAAUAUGGUUAUGUCACGUAUCAUGUCAGUAUUUUCUUCUUCUUUUGUGCCAACUUCCUCUCUGUUUGAUAUUUGAGAAUACGAUCGUAAAUUUGUAAUAUGACAGGUGAUGUUUAUAUCACACUCCACCUGUUUAGUCCAUAUUUGAAGAUUUCAGUAUUAGACAAGUUGGAGGAAUGAUUGAUUAGACAACAAGCAAAAAAGAUAGAAAGACAUUUUUAAAGCAGCGUUGGUUAUGUAAUAUUCAGAGGUUACCUCAGUUGUAGCUGGAGAGGUCGGUUGCUCAUAUCAUGCAGACAGACUAUGUUUAGUUUGUCCAUGUGGCACUUGGGAGCAACGUCAGUGUUUGUCUUGCCACGUGGCAGCAAAUUUGUGUGUGUCUGCUGAGAGUAGGUAACAAGAUUAAAGCAUGGCUCUGUUUCUGACAGAAGUUCAUUUACAUAUAUAUAUCACAGUGAUGGAGUUUUAGUGAAGGGGGGGAGGUAUUAUAAUAAUCACAUGAAUCAUAAUAGAAACUUGACUCAAGUUUAUAUCUUCUUGUUAGUUUUGAAAAUGUCCAACAGACCCUCGGUUUCUUACUCAACAAAACGAUCUGUUUCAGGGAAUUGAACAACAGCAGCACAGAGCACUGUGUUACACUUCAACUAUCUUUGAAAUAACUGAUGGCUUUUCAAAUUCAAAUUCAACUUUAUUUAUAUGGCACUUUUCAUACAAAAGAAAACGCAAUUCAAAGUGCCUCACAGAGGCAAAAAACAACAAUAAUGACAAAAACCCAACCCUUCCACCCACACUCACACCCAUGGACCCACACGAACACAAAGACACACACCCACCCUCACUCACCCACACAUACACAUACACACAACCGCACACAGUGUGAGAAUUUAAGACAUAUUGUUAGAGAGACAUGGCCUGACACUGAGACAUUACAUGAGGAAAGAGCUACCUUUAGGAAACACUGGAGAUAAAAAUGGUGAAAAGAGUAAAACCUGAUGGACUAAAACAAGAAAAUGAUAAUAUUAAAUUAACAAAUAAGUAAAAGGGGUAAAAGAAGUAAAACCCUGUGACGGGAAAUUAUGAAAAAGACUAAGAACAGAGAUAAUAAAUAGAAUGACAUAAAAUAAACAUUAAGAACUUUGAUUAAAAUGAACAUUUGCAAUAAGAGAAAUAUAAAAGUGAGUCUUGAGCCUCUUCUUAAAAAUAUCAACAGUCUCUUCUUUUAACUAAUCGUGUUUCAGUUUCAUAUUUUAGAUCAGUCAUACUGCAGCAGGUUCCUCUCAAAGCCUCGUACUGCCCUCUAGUGGCAAACUGACAUGCUAACCCAACGCACUGUGGGCUUGAUUUGACUAUCAGGAUAUUUUAAAUCGUGCGACUCUGGCAGUUUUAUUAUCUGAGGAGAUGUUUUCUUUACUCCGUUGGUCUGAAAGCUGGUGUGUCCAGAAUCUCAUCACUCAGUAAAGCAGCUACAGUCUCUGAGGGACAAACCUAAACACGAGGACGACCAGCAUCAUCUUCAUGAAAGCUUCAGAUCCAGCUGACAAGUCCCCUCCUCCACCCUUUUGCAGGCUGCUGCUGUGGGUUUUUCAUUGAACCCUUUUAUCAGCUGUUGUUCAUGAAAUAAACGUUUGCAUCUGUGCGUCCGAGCACCGACAAGUGUUAUUAACUUUUGUUUUCAGGUGGUGGUUCUGGUGUAUCACUGGAGCAGUGGGGUGGUGGAGCAGCAUGACCCUCUGAUCAGUAAACCUGUGUCUCGCUGGACGCCCGAGGAGGUCCUCUCCUGGCUGGAGCACUUGGGGCCCUGGGCUCAGCUAUACCGAGAACCUUUCCAGCAGGAGAACGUCAACGGGAGGUAGAGACAAUGUCCACUCGACCGCCAUCUUUCUUCAGCAGUGCUGAGGUCUAGACUCAGUCAGAACAGUCUAAGGUUUGAGAGCUCAUUUUGUUGAUGACUGCUUGUCUUUGUGCUACAGGCUGCUGUUGAUGCUGAGCGAAGAGGAGCUGUUGAAUCCUCCUUACAGCAUUGAAAAUCAGGCUCAUCGGAGAGCUGUUCUGGCUGAACUGGACAGAGUGAAAACCCUGGGAGUGAAACCUCCACAGAACCUCUGGGAAUACAAGGUGGACUGAAGUCUGCCCUGUAGCAGCGAACUUACCCUGAUGAAGCACUUGUGUAUCUUUGUGUAACCUGGAGAAGAAGUCUUUUGUUUGGGAGGUUAUACCUGACUUUUAUCCUCCUUUCUUUUCCUCUCUUUUUCUGCCAGGCUGCCAACGCAGGGAAGUCCCUGUUCUUAUUGUAUGCACUGAAGCGCUCCCCCCGUCUCACAAUCUUCUACUUGUAUUUAUUCGACUACUCGGAAACCUUCCUGCCCUUCCUGCACACUUGCUGUCCAGCCAUCGCACACAUCGAGCAGUCAGUGGAGAGCAGCUUCCUCAGCUCACAGGUGACCGUGGACGAAAUUUUGAUUUCAAACGUGACUUGUGUACUGUUGAGUACUGUUGAGACAUAUAACCUGGCAAACAGCACAUCUCGCACACACAGUAACAGAGGAGGCAAUACCGCCAGCGGGGUGGAUGGAAGUACAAACCCGAUACAGGGAUGUAAAUGAAUGACGCUCCAUCUUUCUUCAGUCUCAUCCGUUGGAACUCGUUCACAGGAUUUUCUGCCUUCAUCGCUUGUUUGUGUCCUUGUGUUUGUAGUUGGAGCCUAAUUGGCGACAGUGGGCGGAGUUCCUCGUGAAGUACCUCCUGCUCCCGUACCAGCUGAUAGCAGAGUUCGCGUGGGACUGGCUCGCCACCCACUACUGGACAUCGCGCUUCAUCAUUGUGAACACCAUGCUGCUGUCUGUGCUGGAAGGCUGCGCCCUGUGGAGACUCUGGACCGGAGCCGCCAUCAGGUGAACAUGUUGUGGGGGGUCAGCUGGAUCAGUUUCUGUUUGGAUUAUAGUCGUCAUACGUAAACAACAUAAAUAAAGUAACAGCAUUAUAAGAACAAGAUGAAUUUAUCAUGAGAAUAACGUCAAAGUAGUUAAAGAACAAAUAUGUAAUGUAAGGAGGAUAAAGUCUUAUGGAAAUGGUGUCAGACUACUUUCAGAUUAAAAUCACAGUACGGGGAGAAAAGAGGCGUAAUCUAAGAAGAUUAAAGUCGAGUAAAUUAGUCUGUCUGUUACAUUAUUGGUUGUGCGACUACACCAAGUGUAAAUAUGGGUGUAAAUCCUGUGAGCCCGUGCAAAACAGGUGUGACUUUUUCAAUCAUGACUCAGAGGAACCUUUCAUAGCCUUAAAAGGAGCUCCUGGUUGUAGAGAAGGGUGUUUAUAAAGAUCUUUUCUGCAAAGCAACGAUGAGAAACAGAACUAGACUUUGUAAAUUCAGGUAUUCUGGUUCCUGUUCGCGUCCUUAGCAGUUGCACCUGAAUGGGCUUUUGUUGCACGCUGGGUUACAGCUUUUGAAUGUAAUACUAGGCUGCAUAAGAUACAGAUCCUGCUCACAUACUUAAACAUGUGUCCUCCACUUUUCUCAGGACUCUGCCACGAAAGAUGUGGAACCACUUGUGGAAGAUGAUCUCUCAGGGGUUUGCCUUCGCCCUCCUGUGGCCUUUUAUCCCUCAAUUUGUCUGCAACUGCCUUUUCUACUGGGCUCUCUACUUCAGCCCCAUCAUCAACAUCGACCUGGUGGUGCAGCAGCUGAUGCACCCCGAAACAUAGGCACUGUAACACACUGCAUGUUCGCAGUGUUGGAAUCACGCCGCACAAAUUUGCAGCAAAUAAAACAGCCAGAAAAUCCUGACGUUGAAGAGGAGAAAUGUUUAUCUUUGGCAAAAAAAAAAAGAAACUCAAAAGAGACUGGCUUAUUUGCUACCGGGAAGAAAGAUCUCACCUCUCGCCUCCUGUGUGGUGUCUCUCUACCUGACAGUUGCCGUGUAGAACAAGAGAGGCAUUUGUGAGAGAAACAAAAGGAACAAGAUGAAGAACAGUGAGAUGUCGGAGUUGCUAUUGUUUAGAUGAGAUAACUGCAGUGACAUCAGUCGCUGCAUGCAUAGUGCAUUAACAAACCACAAUGCCUAAAUGGUCCUAAGGGCAUUUAUGCAAAUAAUAAGUCAUGUUUCAGAUCCAGAGGUCAUGAAAUCCAGCUUCAUGAAGUUUUGUUUGAUGGCUCUGUAGCACCAAGUUACCUUCAACCCACCGUUCAUAAAUGCAUGUUAUCUACAGUCAAUGACAAUCUGUUGUUUUUGAGCAUCAGCUACAGUGGAUAUAAAAAGUCUACACACCCCUGCUCAACAGUCAGGUUUUCGUGAUGUAAGAAAAUGACAGCAAGAUAAAUAUUUUCACAACUUUUUCCACCUUUAAUGUGACCUAUAACCUGUACAAUGUAACUGAAAAACAAACUGAAACCUUUAAAGGGGAAAAAAAAAAAAUAGAAAAGUUAAAAUAACCUGGUUGCAUAAAUAUGCACACCCUUUAACUAAUACUUUGUUGCAGCACCUUUGGCUUUUAUUACAGCACUCAGUCUUUUUUGGUAGGAGUCUUGCCCAUUCUUCUUUGCAAAACUGCUCCAAAUCUGACAGAUUGUGAUGGCAUCUCCUAUGCACAGCCCUCUUCAGAUCACCCCACAAAUGUUCCAUGGGAUUCAGGUCUGGGCUCUGGCUGGGCCAUUCCAAAGUCUCAAUAUUAUUCCGGUGAAGCCGUUCUUUUGUAGAUUUAGAUGUGUGCUUUGGGUCAAAGCUACAAAAAUGUCAGGAAAAGCUACUAGAACAGCUGAACGUUAUUUGGGGUUGAUCAGAGGCACUUUAAUUGGUGACAGGUGUGUGCUGACUCCAAUUUAACCUGAGUUUGAAUGUAAUUGGUUAAAUCUGAACACAGCCAAAUCCCCAGUUGUUAAAGGGUGUGCACACUUAUGCAACCACAUGAUCUCAGUUGUUUAUUUUUACGUCACCCCCCUGAAAGAUUUAGGUUUGUUUUUCAGUUGUGUUGUACAGGUUAUAGGUCACAUUGAAGGGGAAAGAAGUUGUGAACUUAUUUAUCUUGAUUUAAUUUUUUUACAUGACAAAAACCUGGCAGUUGAACAGGGGUGUGUAGACUUUUAUAAUACAUUCCCUGAGUCUUCAGUUGAGCGCUUGACUUUGACUCCAAUUUUGAUGCCACAGAGCCAUCUUGAAAACACACGAUUGUGAAAUGUGUCAAAUGUUGGGGUUCGUAGUUCUGCAGCCUGAUGGGAAUGUCUGUCUUCAGACGUGCUCGAGGAAGAAAACAACAUCCAGCCUCUGUGAACAAAUGCUCAACAGUGAAGCACUAUCCAGUUAAAUUUCUGUUCAUUCCACCAAACAUGAAGCACUUCAGUUCAGAUAUGAAACAAGUGCUCCUCAAACAUUCUGAGACUUUAAAGCAAUUUUUAAAAGGUUUUAACAGGCGGAUUUUAUUUGCUGGAACUGCAGACUAAUAUUUCAUUGCACAUAUUUUUUUAUUGCUCAAAAACAUUGUGUUUGCAGUGUAGAUUUCCAUGUGGGUGGGUAGAGCAUAUCAAAGACUCUUUAUUUUUUACGUUUGCACUUAAUAGUUACACACUGUGAUUUUGUUCUUCAAUGUUCUCAAUGAUAAAAAAAUAAAGAUUUUUUUAAGAGUUA